UGCGCCAUACUAGGAUGGCGUCUGUGGUGUUGCGGCAAUUUCGAAGGGAAUAGUGAGUUUUGAAAAUUUUGACAACGACCUCGAGAAUGGCAGAUAAUCAACAAAGUAGAUUUGAAAAGUCUCUUGGUCUUUUAACGACUCGUUUUGUCACUUUAUUACAGAAAGCAAAAGACGGCGUUCUUGAUUUAAAAGUAGCGGCUGAUAUUUUAGAAGUUCGACAAAAAAGACGAAUUUAUGAUAUUACUAACGUACUUGAAGGUAUUGGACUCAUUGAAAAGAAAAGUAAAAACAGUAUUCAAUGGAAAGGAGCAGGUCCAGGUUGUAACACUCAAGAAGUUGGUGAAAAAUUAACUGACUUAAAAGAUGAAAUAAGGAAAUUAGAAGAUCAUGAACAAUUAUUAGAUAAACAUACUCAAUGGAUUCAACAAAGUAUAAAAAAUAUAGAAAAUGAUUUGAUUAAUAGAAAACAUGCAUAUAUUACUUAUGAAGAUGUUAAAGAAAAUUUUACAGAUGAUUUUGUGUUAGGAAUUCAAGCUCCUCCUGAUACAGAAUUAAGUGUGCCAACAUAUAACAAAUAUAUAACAACACAGACAUCUGAAGAAGAUGAUAAAGAAAUAAAUUAUGAAAUGUUCCUAAAAAGUACUUCAGGAGAAAUUAAGGUAUAUAUGAUUCAACCAGAAUUAGCUAAAACAUAUGAUAGUAAAAUAUUAGAAAUGAGAUUACAAGAAGAAAUGAAAGGUACAAAAAGAGGAAAAGAAGAAGAAGAAAAAAAGGAAGAAGCUAAUGUUAAACCAAAAAGAAGAGUUGGAAGGCCUCCAAAAGGAAUCAGUAAACCUGAUCCUGUUAUAUCUGAUGAGGAUGAAGAAGAUGAUGCAGAAUUGAUAGAGGCAAAAAUAGUACUACGAGAUGUUAGUACAUCAGAUAUUGCUCAAAAAGAUUUAGAAUUAUUUGAUCAAAUUUAUUCUGACAUUUAUGGACCAUUAGUAAGAUUAAGUCCUCCACCUAGUGAGAAGGAUUAUCACUUUAAUCUUAGUGAAAAUGAAGGAAUUUGUGACUUAUUUGAUAUUACAGCAAAAUGAGUAACAAGUUAUAUAGUUUAAAUGAUUGGAUGGUUCACACUGUGCCAAUAAUGUGCAAAAUUGCAAAAAAAUUUGUUGACAAUUUCUGAAGGCUGUUGUAUGUAUAUAAUUUUAAAGAAUGGAUAUGGAUAAUGAUCAUUGAAUAUAUGCAGUAUUUUUUUAUUAGUAGAAAAUAAAAAAAAGAAAACAAAUUAUAGAAAAAAAUGUUUAUAACAAUCACUUUUGUUGGAUUUUUAUUUAAUUAAAUGAUAACAUUUUGACAAAUUCUAUAUAAUUUCAAUAUGAUUUCUAAAUUUAUUUACAAACUUUAUCUUUAUAUGCUCACGAAUUGUGUUUUUAUUUAUAGUGAUUGCAUAUGAAAAAAAAAAUCUAUUAAAGAAGUAAAUAUUUUAUCAAUAAUAUGUUAGAUUCAAAUUAACAUUGUUUUUAUAAUCUUUGUAUAUGUUUUAUUAAAAUGCGUAAUCUUUUUUACAUAUUUGUUUAGAUAAAAAUUAUUUGAGACAAUAUAAAAUGUAUAUUAUAUAUAAUUAUGUAAAUUUGAUUUUUUAAAAAAUCUUUUAUAAGAUUUAUUGUAAAUGAGUACAUAUAUUUGUACUCUUUUUAUAAUGCUCUUUUCAUGUUAUUUCAUGUUUGUUACUGCAUUCAAUGACACUAAUUAAGUUUGUGAAUAUUAUAAUUAUUUAAGCAAAAUAAAUUUAAAUGAAAAGAAGGUACAACUAAAAAGACCAAGAGAAAAUCUAUAAUUUACUUUAUAAUAAAGUCAUGUUUAAAUGUUAUUAUAUAUGUCCCAUAUAAUUAUAGAAAAUUUAAUUUA